UUCGUAUUUAAAAAAUCAAAACAACAAGAAUGUUCAGAAUUAGGUACAUAUUUGGUACGUGUCUAGAUAUUGGUACUUUUACUUUACCUGAUCAUGAGGAGCUCAUUGCUGAAUUUUACGAUUUAAUAUACGAGAUGCAACCCUUACAACUCGCGCUUAAUCAAGUUGCCACUAAAUAUACAUACACCUGUCUAUUUUAAUACUUUCAUCUUCUUCGAUAGACUGAUCGUAAACUUUGCACAGCAAAUGAACGCGGAUGAACGAAAUAAUUAGAAAUGAAUUGAUCAGUCAACUGGCUGGAUAUAUCGGUAUGGCGUCCAGAUGCAAGAAACAAACGGAUGGAUAACCGAGUAACCGGCCGGAUAAAUCCAUGAAUAAGCAAACGGGUAAACAAGCCAAUGAACAGUACCAUAAAUCCAUCAAUAAGCGGACAAACAAAUGAAGAAGUUAAUAAACAAAGCUAUGCGACCGCGGCGCGUAGAUCGAUAAAUUUUCUCGCAGUUCGCACGGGCGACAUUAAUUGCACCGGCAAAUAAAUAAUCGCCAGCAAAUUGCGCGGCCGCGGAAAAUCCAUCGAUGGACCGCCACCACCAGCGGACUUUUCACUGCCCCUCUCUAUCUCUCUCUCUCUUUUUCCCUCCUGACCCCGCGAUUUAAUUCCGCGAACACCCGCCGCGGCUCGAUCGAUUCUAAUUUCAUCCGCAUGAAAAAUUCAGCGCGGCCGCCGAAACUUGGGCGCACCCAGCGCGGUCGCCUAAUUCCUAAUUAAGGAGCCCCUCGAUUAGGUCGCGCAACUCGCGCAGAAAUCGCCGACCACAGCGUGCAGGUAGGCAACGAAGCCGUGGGGAACAGGGAGGAAGGGAGGAGAUGUUGCAACGCUACGGAUGGGGGUUGUUACACGGGCUAUGUUGCCAACUAAUUGCCGCAGUUAUCGCGUUCGCAUCGCGAUCUCGUCAGCGUGUGUGCGCAUCGCGCGCAUCGUUAUCAAUUAUAUUUCUUCGUUAUAUUUCGUACAUGCGCUUCCCGUCGUCCGCACGGCCGGGCAAGCGCGGCCUCCUCCACCUCCUCAAUUGAUUCCAAUUUAUAGAGCGCGUAAUAGAUGAGACGAACUCGAUAGCGCCGCGCAAACACAAACGUGCGCGUCCCUCACGUGCACGAGAGCGAACCGCGCGGGAGGUGGGCGGUGGGUGGGAUUACGUAAUACACGCGGUUUGUGUUUAGCGGCACGUUAGCUGCAGGCGCGUAAUUACGGCACACAGAGCGUUAGUAAUUUUUAAUUGUUUAUCGAGGCAAUAGUUCCGGGUUAUAGUUCCGCUCGAUCAAACGCUACAGUCUCUCCGUGGUGGUGGCGGAGAUCCCGCAGUCUCCAUCCCCGGGACGCACGGACGGACGGACGGACGGACGGACCGACGGGCACACCAUGAAUACUGCACCAUGGUGCUCGGGAUGAGCUUGCUCGAUGGUAAUCACGUGGAUUAUUAAUGCGCACGCCGCAGCGCCAUUGAUACGUCGAUAGUGCACCAUUAGCGGCUGCGGCGGCCGCCUCCGCCACCACCUCCGCCGUCGUCGCCAACUGUGCACCCAUGCCGUCGUCCAUCGUCGCUCGCACACAAUGUCGCAUGUUACCAGAUAACCAUAACUUCCUCGCAACCAUCGCCGUGCCGUCGCAUCUGCCGAUACGACGCCGGCGUCGACGAAGCCGCGCGCUCGCGAUUGUCGUCCUCGACUCUCAAGCCGAGACGUCAAGGAGAGCUGGUCAGGCAAAAUCAGUUCGUCAAGAGUUCGUUGAAACUUGCACCACAUAUAAAUAUCAGCGCGCGGGACGCGCAAACCAAUGCACCGGAGAAAAGAGGGCCCGCAUAUACGAGACGACGACGACGACGGUGUUUCCGAUCGCAUCCGCCCGUACCAUCGGGAAAAACGAUACGAACGCGGCAGUAGUUUCAGUUCAGCAGCUCCCGUGGGCUCAUUAUCGUACGGGAGAGCGAGCAAACGAGCGCGUGAGUUAUCGUUACGAUAAGAUCCGGAUAGGAAGCGGAUUAAAACUCGCACUAAGUCUCUUAAUAUUUUAAUUAAGAGCGGCCUCUGGUUUGGAUACGGAAACCGAAAAACGGAAGG